GACGGCAGUUUUUCUCCACCCACCACAGCAUCUGGCACCAGCUCAGCUACAUUUGACAAACUCAAAAAUCAGCCUCAGAAAAAGACAACAACUCAUACUCAGUGGACAGAUAAGAACUUUUGGACGACAACCUCGGACCCACAGACCUUCCCAUUUUUCUGCAGAAGCGAAUCAGUUUGAGAUUUACUGACUGCAGACGAAGCAGGACAGAAAAUUCAGAUAAUAUCUGACUUUGGUAGAUAACUACAGAGCAUUCCUGGAGAUGAGGGGAGGAAGCUGCUCCGUGUUUCGCCUGGUUAUUGGGGUGACCUCGCUCCUUGGCCUUGGUUGCUUGGGUGAACAUGAGUCUAUGAAGGACAGUUUGCGCACAGAGGAGGUAAAAAGGCCAAGCCACCCACACCUUGUCUUUAUCAUGGUGGAUGACCAGGGUUAUGGAGACAUUGGCUACCAUGGCUCGGACAUCCACACACCUGAGCUGGACCAACUGGCAGCAGAGGGGGUCAAGCUUGAAAAUUAUUAUGUCCAGCCUAUAUGCUCACCCUCUCGCAGUCAACUCAUGACUGGACGGUACCAAAUUCACACUGGACUCCAACACUCGAUCAUUCGCUCACGUCAACCCGUCUGCCUGCCCCCGGAGAUUCCCACCCUACCGGAACGUCUAGCUGAAGCUGGAUACGCCACCCACAUGGUGGGGAAGUGGCACCUGGGUUUCUGCAGGCCGAGCUGUCUACCCACAGGACGUGGUUUUCAGAGUUUCCUGGGCACACUGACUGGAAGCGGAGACCACUUCUCCUAUCAGAGCUGUGACGGGGCUGAGGCUUGUGGGUUUGACCUGCAUGAUGGAGAAAGGCCUGCGUGGGACAUGACUGGAAACUACUCCACUCUGCUCUACAUAGAGAGAGUGAAGCAGAUCCUGAGGAACCACGAUCCCCAUAAACCGCUCUUCCUCUAUCUGUCCCUUCAGGCUCCCCAUACUCCCUUACAGGUACCAGAUCAUUUUCUGCACCACUAUGAUUCUCAGGGAAAUCGUAUCAGACGCCACUACGCAGCAAUGCUAAGUUGCCUGGAUGCUGGGGUUGGACAAGUUGUUCAGGAACUGAAGACUCGUGGGCUCUAUCAAAACUCUGUACUGAUCUAUUCAUCUGAUAACGGUGGCCAGCCGCUCUCUGGGGGGAGCAACUGGCCACUGAGAGGUGGCAAAGGAACCUACUGGGAAGGCGGCAUCCGGGCUGUGGGCUUUGUCAAUAGUCCCCUUCUGAAGAGGAAGGGUGUAGUCAGCAGAGCCCUGAUUCAUGUUUCUGAUUGGUAUCCCACAUUACUGGGAUUGGCAGGGGCCCUGCAGUCCCAACGUGACCUAGAUGGUCACGAUGUGUGGGGGACCAUCAGCGAGGGCCUGCCCUGUCCUCGUACUGAAAUCCUUUUCAACAUUGACCCAGUCUCGAGGAAGCCCGGGGAGCCAUAUGACAAGGCGUUGGUACUCAACGGCUUUGGGAUCUGGGACACAGCCGUAAGGGCAGCAAUAAGGGCUGGGGACUGGAAGCUAUUGACAGGAAAUGUGGGUGAUGGGGACUGGAUACCACCACGGGCUCUCCCUGGUGGCCCAGAACGGUGGCAGAAACUGGAGAAACGGCGCAAUAAACUGGGAAAGUCAGUUUGGCUAUUUAAUGUCACAUCUGACCCCUAUGAGAGGUCAGACCUGGCAGAAGCUCGUCCAGAGAUAGUGAAACAUCUGCUGACUAGGUUGGCAGAGUACAACCAGACAGCUGUGGUGGCCAGGAAUCCACCAGAUGAUCCCAUGGCUGACCCUGAGCUUCAUGGAGGUGUGUGGAGUCCCUGGCUGGGCCUGGAUGGGCAGGUGAGGGAUAGUGGGGAGGAUGAUGGCAGGAAAGAAAAGAUGAUUAAGAUUAAGCAAUGCAAGCUAUGCAAAUUAAAAGCCCUCCUCAAAAAGGUGGGGUUACGCCUGCAGAGGAACUCCCUGUUCUCCUAAAAGUCUCACCUAAAAGUCUCAUCUAGCAACACUAAUUGGACUAAAGGAUUCAGCAUGCCCCAAGCAAACUAUUUUUUACAAAAUGUUAUCUAAAUACAAAUGAAGUAAAAAAUGUUAAUACCUGUUUGUCAGAUGUAGCCAAGAACAACAACAGGAAUUUGUUCGUGUUUGUUGAGUGUUUGAUCAUCUCUCGAUGACGUCAUCUGAAGUCUACAGACACCAGGCAGAAGAGAAAGGGAAAAAAAUGAAGAACAAUAAAAAGACAGAGCAGCAGGCAAGGAGGCAGGUCAGAUGGACAAGAUAGACCCACAAUCAAAUACUGAAGGGCAGCAGAUAAACAUUCAGCGUGAUAGACAAAGCAGACAGGGCUGUGCGGCUGGCUGAGCAAGCUGACUCACUCACUGUCCUGCAGCCAAACUGCAGCAGGGUGACUUUGGUCAGUCAUAUGACUGUGUGGAGACCAAUGUGUGUGUCACUGUGCAAGCAUGCCUGUACUCAUGAAUUGUUUGAGUAAUCCAGAUAGAGCGCAUACAUGUGGAAGUGAAGACUGAAGAAAUGGGAAGAAGAAGAAGAAGAAGAAAGGCAUAGACAGUGACCUCUCAAUGUCUCAUCUCUUAAUCAUCCAGAGAGACCCUUUAAGGAUGACACUAAGGCACCAAUGGGGUUGUUUUUGUCAAAUGUCACGUUGUCUUUUUGUUCUUAGGGGUUGUACAGAUUCACCUCUGGUCAUGUCGUAGCACACUGCUCUGAAAGACCUCUGACCACCACACAAUUUUCAGGCCCUGCAGCACUGACUAACCAACAAAAGCUCAGUAGGUGAUAUUAUCAGUCUUUUCUUGACUUUCAAAUGUUACUAGAAUCAACUACUCACAAAAUGCCAGGAAACUGAUUCAAAUAAUCUAAAUAAAA